AAUGCUUCCCCUACUCAUUUAAGCCCUAAUUAUAAAUUAUAAAUUUCCAAGGCAGAAGGGGUAUCUAAGUUCCCUAAUUGUUUCGAUGAAAAACGAACACAAACAUUGAAGACAAAACGGCUAAAGACUGAUUGUUGGAUAAAAACUAAGUAGAUGGAUUGGGGGUUUGAUAAAAACGAAACACAAACAUUGAAGAUAACAAUGUUAAAGAACAGAGUGUUGUAUAAAAACUAGGUAAUGAAAAUUCACUUUUUUGAAAUGGCACCACCUGAAUUAGUCAAGUAACUCAUUACUUAAUUCUCCUCUGUUGCUAUGAUUUAUCUUGCAUCCCAUUUUCUACCUGAUUUAUCUUAGGUGUUCUUUUGAGACACAUUAGGAGUAUAAAAAAUACUUGUCAACAUCCUCAGCACUUUCUAUUACUGGCAUCAGUCCUAGUUUCCGGAAAGGAACGCCUUUCUGUUUCAUAUUGAGUCCUCAAAAGUGCGGCCCAAUUGGCUUUACACUGCUUUCCUUAAGUUUAUUUUUAGCUCAGGGAAAGAAAAUAAUUUAGCAUCAUGGCACCAAGCUCAACACCAGUACUGCUAUUUAGCCUUCUUGCUUCACUUUUUGUUGUUACCUCUGCUCAAAACUGUUCAAACUACACUUUCACAGCCAAUAGAACAUUCACCUCUUGCAAAAAACUUCCAUAUUUAGAAGCCUACUUGCACUGGAACUACAAUUUCCCCAGCACAAAAGUUUCAAUUGCAUAUAGAGCUAAACAAGAUUCUACGAGUUGGGUAGCGUGGGCUAUCAACCCUACUGGACAAGGCAUGAUCGGAUCACAAGCAUUAGUUGCUUUCCACAACUCAAAUGGCAGCACAAUAGCUUAUACAACACAAAUAACAAGUUACAGUCCAUCAAUGCUGAAAGCAAAUCUUAGCUUUCAAGUUUCAUAUUUAUCUGCAGAAUACUCGAACAGUGAGAUGAUUAUCUUCGCGACUAUAGGGCCACUGGAUAAUGGAACCACAGUAAAUCAUGUGUGGCAAGCUGGAAGCUCAGUCUCAAGUAACAUCCCUCAGAUGCACUCAUUAUCAUCCCCACACCUUCACUCAUUUGGCAAAAUAGAUUUUUUGACAGUUUAAAGACAACUGCCUGAGAAAAAAUAGUCAUCUUUGUUUUUUUGACUUAUCAAAGAAAUGAAUAAAUAGUCAUCUUUUGGUUUCAUCCACUAAUUUAGAUCAGGUCCAAAUAAAAGUUUCACGCAAAUUACCGUGAAAGAAGUUGCGGCUAUUUUCCAAGCAUAAAAAGGUCAUCUCUAUAAUCAUCCGACUCUGCUCAUGCUUUCUGUCAUCUAACUAUUGUUUGUUUAAACACAAGGCAGACACAAACUAGUCCACAUUCUAACAUUUGGGGUUUUCAAUUUAUCAUAUGUCAAGGUGACUUUCCAAAAAAAUAUAACCGGGAGGAACACCGGGAUAAGAUUAACUAGUGAAAAAUCAGUAGAAGUCGCAAACGUUGAUUCAACAAUCUUUGGAUGAAA